GUGGCAGCACAGACCCCCCCAGGCCCCACUCCAGCUCUCUGCAGCAUGUCCCACCCCGGGACAUCCCAUCCCGAGGGCUAUGAGCGCCUCCCCCCCUCCAUCUCGAUCCCGGGCCCCGCUGCAGGAUGCGGCACCGGGAUGUGAUUCCCUCCUCCCACCGCGAAUAGGCUCACGGCACCGGGAGAGAGAUACACACACACCGCGGCGGCGCGCGGGCUGCCUUCAUCCCCCGUUCCUCCUCCUCUUCCUCCUCCUCCUCCUCUUCCUCCACCGGGAGCGCGCUCGCCCAGCCGGGAGCGAGGAGCCGGCGAGAGGAUGCUGCAAACGGCGGUGGAGCCGGGCGGCUGGGCAGAGCAGAACCACAUCAGGCUGGCACUUGGUCUGCAGGAGCUCCUAGCCCAGGCAUGAAGAGACCUCUGAGCCCAUCCCACAGCCCCGAGGGUGGGGUGAGGCUGGUGGAGGUGGGCAGCUGCCCGCCCAGCCAGCCCGAGCAGCGCCUGAAGCGAGAGAAGAAGCAGCAAUCGUUCACCCUCUGCGAGGUCUGCAACAUCCAGCUCAACUCUGCCGCGCAGGCGCAGGUCCACUACAACGGCAAGUCCCACCAGAAGCGCCUCAAGCAGCUCAACAAGGGCAAGCUGCCAGCAGCACAAGGUCCCUCCGGACACAGCAGCCCCCUCUUAGCGUCGUUGCCCAUCCCUGGCCGUCCCCUUCACCCCCCCUUGGACAUCAAGCACUUUCUGACCUUCAGGCUCAACGGGACGUCACCGCUCAACCUCUUCCCCAACUUCAACACGAUGGACCCGGUGCAGAAGGCAGUGAUCAGCCACACCUUUGGCGUGCCUGCUCCGCUCAAGAAGAAGCAGUUCAUCUCCUGCAACAUCUGCCACCUGCGCUUCAACUCAGCGAACCAGGCAGAAGCUCACUACAAGGGCCACAAGCACGCGCGGAGGCUGAAGGCCAUCGAGGCCAUGAAGAACAAGCAGAAGACAGCAGGGGCAGCAGUGGUGGCUGCUGGGCAGGAUGGCUCAGCCGACUUCACCCCCAGCCCCGAGGGCAGUGGAGAGCCUGGCAGCACAGCUCAAGCCAAUGGGCUGCCAGAGCCAGAGGGUGAGUGCAGCACCUUGGCACCAAUGCCCAGCACCGAGGAGUUGCCUGCAGAGCUGUCGGGCAGCGUCGCCCCGCUGGGCUCCCCGCUGGCCUCAGAGCUCUCCGAGGGCACCUCCGACGUCACCAGUGUGGCCUCCUCCUCCACCGCGCAGGCGGCCGAGGCGCAGGCAGCCGAGUCGGGCAGCAGCAUCAGCUCGGCCCCCGAGAGCGAGAAGGAGGGGAAGAGGAGCAAGCAGCAGCUGUAUUGCCACACCUGUAAAGUGACUGUCAACUCCCUGUCCCAGCUGCAGGCUCACAACACCGGUGCCAAGCACAAGUCGAUGCUGGAAGGUCAUGGUACCCAGCUGCGGCGGGGCCGGGGCAAGCUCCUGUCCCGGGCAGGGCACAAGUCCAAGCGGAUUGGCACCAAGGGCAGCAUCAACAUCCAGAAUAAAGCCUUCCAUUGCCAGGUGUGCGAGAUCUAUGUCAACUCGGAGACACAGCUCAAACAGCACAUGAGCAGCCGGCGGCACAAAGACCGACUGGCAGGGAAGCCUCCCAAGCCCAAGUACAGCCCCUACGGCAAGCUGCAGAAGAAUGCUGCCCUUGCAGUGAGUAUUCUCCAGUCCAAGCUGGCUCUGCAGAAGCAGCUCACCAAGACGCUGGCGACUCGCUUCCUGCCCAGCCCGCUCGCCGCGGCCGCCGUCUGCGCCAUGCCAGGGCCCCUGGCCCUCAGACCAGCUGCUGCCACCACCCUGUUCCAGGCUCCGAUCCUCGGACCAGCUCUUUUCCGGACGCCGCCGGCCCACGUCCGCCCCACGCCGGGCCCCAUCGUCUUUGCGCCCUACUAGAGCCGCUCCCGGGCCCGGCCGCCGCGGACCAGGCUGUGCCACGGGGGCUGCACGGCGCUCGUCUGGCUGGUGGGAAACCAUAGCUGUAGGCAUCAACCCCAGCUUCUUCUUUGCUUCGAGCCGGCUCCUGCUGGAGGAAGGUGCCCCAGCAGAGCCCAGCCCAGCCAGCCCUGCCAUGCAUCUCUGCUGCCCCCCAGCCCGUGCCAGCCCUGUGCUCAGCAGAGGAGCCCAUCGCGUGGCCGGGUGGCACAUGGGAGAGGACCAUGCCCGAGUCACCAGGACUUACUCAUGGCCAGGAGCUGCCUAGCUCCUUGUCCAUCAUCCUCCCAGUCACCGGGCUGGAAGAAGAGGAGUGGGCUGGUCCCUGGGGGAAGGACUCUGCCCAGCCAGGCCCUGCCAGCCCAGGGGAAAGGGAACUGCAAGGGCAGUCUCAGCCCAGCUCUUACUGGGUGAAACAACCCCAGCAGAGGUGGGAAUUUGGCAGUUCCCUCUCAGACUGGGCUGGCUGUGGCCCCUCCAGCCCUGCACCUGCCUGCACUGGACAGGGACUUCUGUGCUGCCCACCAGCUCCCCGCACCCCACAAGCCCCCUACGUCCCACCAGCCAAAGAGCCCCUGCCAUGGUGGGCACCAGCCACACUGACUGUACCCUCACUCCAAGAGCAAUAGCCAAUGGCCAGGGCUGGCACCUCUGCCCGCCGAAAGCACACUGCCCGUCCUGGCCUCCAGAAGCACAUGGCCUGGGCACACAGCCAGGGACAGGCUCUGCUGCAGCCCAGCCAGGACAGCAGAGCUGGGCUCUCCGAGGAGGUGACCCAGUGCCAGCUCUUUGCCUCUACCCCAGCCGCGGGGCACAGCCCUGCCCCUACCUCGCGGGCGAUGCUGUGAGCCUGUGAAUGUCCCUUUGGCACUCCUGGUUCUGCAGGCCAAGGCAGUGCUGCUCGCCCUGCUGCCAGCUGCUGUACCCAGUCCCCCACACCCAUCCCCUUUGGAGCUUCCAGGGAAUUACCAACAGUUCCUGAUGGCAGUGUCCCCAGCAGCAUGGACAAUCAGGCCCAAAGGAGCAGGUGGCACCCACCGGAGGGACUCAGAAGCUGCAGCCUCUCACUGUGCCCAGCAUACCCAGCACCCACCUGCCCUGAGCGCUGCACCUGUGGCACUGCGGGGCCCCAGCGUGCUGCUAGAUGCAAAAGGAUGCAGGAAAGCUGCACCCCAAGUGGAGCUCAGGCUGGAAGUGAAGACCCCCCCAGAUCUAUGCAAUCCCGGGGAGCAGCUCCCCGCCAGCUGCGCCUCCCCUUGGUGCUCACCUGCCCAACGCGAGGCUUGGCUCUGUGCAGCCAGCUCCUUGCCCAGAACAGGGACCUCUGCUGUGGCCCCUGUGCCCUCCUGCCCCCUGGCAGAAGCAGGUGGGUUUGUGUCCCUGGGAAGCCACACGCACAAGCACGCAGCCCCUGCGCCUCAGCCGCAAAGCAGCGCCUAGACUCCAGGAGGACUCUGCCCAGUCUGUGCCAAGGGGAAUGGGCACUCACCGAUGGGCACCUCGUGGCUGAAGUGUUUCUGCUUCUCAGAGCUGGAGCCUGGGGUGAGGGCAGGAGUGCCUGGUGGCACAGGGCUGUAUGCCCACAUCUGCAGGGUCUGUUCCUCAGGCCAUGGACAGCCUCAACCUCUAGUGCCACUGCUGUGCUCUUGCCAUGAGGAAGGCCCUGGGUAUGCUCAGGGCAUUUCCUCUCCACCCUAGGGGAGGAAAGAGGGCACCAGAAGAGCUGAGUGCAAAGCUGAGGUGGAGACAUCUGAGAGGUCUUCAGCAAUGCUGGGAGCUAUGGCUCAGAGAACAGCCCUUGGGAAGAGGCUGCCAGCAGCAGUGGCUGGGACAAGGAGCUGGUCCCACAGCCCAGGGUGGGUGUGCAGCUGCACUCCUUGAGCCAGCAGUGUGUGCUGGCAGGAGGGACACAUCUCUGGCAGUGUGACAAUGCCAAGCAGCCUGUGUGCAGCUCAGCUCCAGCCAUACCCUUGCUCAUCUCACUGUGCUUUGCCCCCGGCCACCUCACUGGACAGUCCCAGCCCUGGCCACAGUAGAGGGCAGCACAUCCUCUCCUGCACUGUGCCCCCUCCUGCCCUGUGCCCCCUCCCGCACUGUGCCCACCAGCCUCAGGAGUGUGGGGAGCAGCCAUACUCCAGUCUGCAGGAGCUGCUUGGCACUGGUGGGGCCAUUCCCCUGCUCUUGUUCUCAAGCACCUGAGCUGGAACCAGCUGUGUCUGCUCCCGGUCCCCCCUCCAGCAGCAGUGGAGUCCUGGUAACUCCCACACUUGGCACUUUAACCCCGUGAAAGCCAUUCCUCCCAACACCCACACUGCAACCAGCUGCGUACAGACACCCCCCUAUGGCACCCCCCACCCGAGCCCCCCUGCUCCUGUGCUAUCCAAAGCAUUUACUGCCUUCGACUUAGCAGAUCAGUUCUAGCUGUAGGGCUUAGGCCAUAGCUCGGUAAGCUGUGCCCCUCUGUAAAUAACCUUGGAGUGAUGUGAACAGUUUGAGUCCAAAUGGAACAACUUUCCCCUCCCCCCCAAAAAAGGAGUAACCAGACUCUAGGGACUCGGCCAGUACCCUCCUCUCCUGCUCAGUGUAUAUUUUUUGAUGUACUAUAACUGUUGGGAAAAAAAAAAAGGAAAAUAUUUUGAUAAUUGAAUCUCCUCCUCUUGUGGUACUCAGUAAAUAAAAGGAACAGGCACAAACA